CCUUUGCGCCCGGACCGGUUCUCUGGACUAUAAAGGUAACCGUGCGCCGCUGGACGCCACCGCGCCUUCCAGCAGCCCGACUGCCGCUUUGUUCUUCGCUCUGCAGCUCCAGCCUCACCAGACCUCACCAUGGACCCCAACUGCUCCUGCUCCACUGGCAGCUCCUGCACCUGCACCAGCUCCUGCAGCUGCAAAGACUGCAAGUGCACCUCCUGCAAGAAGAGCUGCUGCUCCUGCUGCCCCACCGGCUGCUCCAAGUGUGCCCAGGGCUGUGUCUGCAAGGGGGCAUCUGACAAGUGCACCUGCUGUGCCUGAUGUGGGAACAGUGCUACUUCCACGUGUAAAUAAUGACCUGUGUCAGCCCAGAUUUAUUUUUCAUACAGCUCUAACCCGUUUACAUUCCCCUUUUCUACAAAGUAUGUGAAUAAUAAAAGUCAAUGAUUUGAUUCUGA